GUCUGUAGGCGGUCCCUUCCUACCGGAGAUUGUGCAGUUUCGUUUACUUUUUGUUUGAACUGAAGACCGGCUUCUUUGUCAACUCUUUCAAAUAAGACGAAAUGGCGGCGAUAAACACAAAACUGAUCAUCAGUCCUGUACAGAGAGUUCGCUCCAAAAGUGACACUUCUGGAUUUAGGUCCAGGAUACUUCGGCUCACCACUGCAAGUUCUGUUGACGGGUUGGAGAAGACAUCACUUGCUAACUCUGAUGUGGUAAUUCCAGGACAUCAUACACCUCCACUCAAAGGAAGAGGCAAGCUUUCUUCAUUGGGAAACAUUUUUAAACCUUGGAAAUGGAGGAAGAAGAAAACAAGUGAAAAGUUUCAAGAAACCUCAGCAGUGUUGGAGAGAAAAAUAUCCACAAGGGAAAGUCGGGAAGAAUUAAUAAGAAGAGGUGUUCUCAAGGAAAUUCCUGAUCAAGAAACGUCAAACGGACACACAGUGCAUAUCUGCAUAGAGCCAGUAGCAGAAGAGAUUCAAGUGGACAGUGAAAUGCAGGAUGACUCUUCAGAGGGGAAGAAAACAUCACCAACUGAUGAAACAGAAGACAAAAAAGCCAAAUCCUCUCAACCUAAAAAAGCUGCUUCUUCAAAGCCAGUUUCACAACCAUCAUCUUCAACACCAUCAACAUUUUCAACCACAACAGGUCGGCAAAAAGUUUCCAAGGACAGUUCUGCAGGCAAAAAAGGCAACUCUGGAGCCCCUAAGGUUCAGAAGAAACCUACAAAACAGCCAGAGCAUCAUGAAGUCCCAACAACAAACUCCCCAAAGAUUACUCCUGGACCUAGUCCCAGCAGCUGCCUUCCAGAAGCGGAAGAGGCUGGUGACUCAGUCUGUAAAGAGCCUGCAGAAUCAGAACUGCUACCCAGCGAACAAUCAGCUCCCCAACAGCCUUCACCUCCACCUCCACCAACUAACACCCCUCUUGACAUAACUGCUGAAGAGCCACCAAAUGGCCAACCUGCUGUAGAAAAGAAUGCUUCAUUUCCAUCUCCAUCUGUAUCCAGUUCAAACUCCAGUGAUCAACUUCAGGUUGAACAAAUGCAGGACAAUGGAGAGGAAACCAAUGGACCUCAGGCUGAAGACAAGAACAUCUCUGGGGGAAAUGAAUCUUGCUCCUCGAGUGAAGAGGUGGAAGAAUCAUCUGGUCAGAUACACCAGGUGUUUAUACCCACGUCUUCUGGGGUUACAUUGAUACCGAACAAAGAAAAUGAAGUGAACGAUUCUGACUCAGACGGUCCUGUACUCUACAGAGAUGAGGAAGAUGAGGAUGAUGAAUACACUUCAAGUUCACUUGCAAAUAAAAUCCACCGGAAAGACACUUUAGCUAUUAAACUCGGCAACAGACCAAGCAAAAAAGAGCUUAAAGACAAGAACAUUUUACCACAAACUUCAGAAGAGAAAAAACAGGAAAUCAGACAACAACUGUUCAGGCGCCUGAGCCAAAGACCAACACCAGAAGAGUUGGAACAGAGAAACAUCCUGAAGCAGAAAAACAAACAAGAGGAGCAAGAGGCCAAACAAGAGCUCAAAAGAAGUCUGUCUCGAAAGCUUAGUUUAAGACCAACAGUUGCUGAGCUUGUUGCACGUAGAAUACUCCGGUUUAAUGAGUACGUGGAGGUAACAGAUGCCAAGGAUUACGACCGGCGAGCUGAUAAGCCAUGGACAAGGCUUACACCUGCUGAUAAGGCUGCAAUCCGAAAAGAAUUGAAUGAAUUUAAAAGCACAGAAAUGGAAGUACACAAAGACAGUAAACAAUUCACAAGGUUCCACCGGCCCUAAUGCUGUGGAUCAGAGUGGUACACGGCUCUCCAGAAAAUGUGCGCUGGAACUUCUGUGUUAUGCUGCACAUGAUCCAGCAGGUCAUUAUUCAGCUAUGGAGAUAAAUCAUUGGAGGUGAUGGACAUUGCACCAGUCGGUUAGCUCCAGCAUGGCCAUGUUCAAUUUUCAUGAGGCCUACUUUCGGAAAAUCAGCAGACCAGCCCAGAAGGGGGAAAGAGCUGGCCUUGACAAACAUUAUUGUUCCAAGGUUUGAUCUCCAUUAGAUCCAACUACUGAACUAAUAGCAUUUACAUUCAAGGUGUUAUAGACAGCCAUUUUAAUUCCAUGAAUUUAAGGAGACUACUGUUUUUUUUUGUUUUUCUUUUUUUUUUUCAUUUUAUAUAGAGGCUGUAUUUCAAUUAUCAGUGAAAUGUUCCUAUUUUCGUAAAUAUUUGGAUUUGCAAAAUACUGUACUUCCAACAGUUAAAACAGUAUUUACACAUUAUUAAACAUGCAUGCAAAGUACCCAAAUUAUCUUUUCCAGACCUGCCAUUAAAUGCCCUCGAUUGUGCAUUUUAUAUACGUGCAUGGUAUACUCAUUAGCGUAUCAUUAUCCAUAAUAUAACAUUAGUGGCAUUAGAUAUGCACAGUUACUUGAAUAGCAGUUUUUUCAUUGUUUAUUAUAUAUCACGUAGCAUAAGCAAUUAAUAUAUCCACAUAAUAUAGUAAUAGAUCAUACCAACACUUCAGCAGAUGCUAAAUUAUAUUGAUCUGCUGUCUGAACAAUUCACCCAUACCUAAAUUUAAACAUGGUAAAUGAAUGUAUAUGGACAGAUAGGGCAGUGUUUAAUAAUAGAUGCUAUUUGUCUUAAAAGCAUCAUUAAAGUGUCAGUUGGAUCUUUAUUUUAAAGAACUAAAAUGAGGAUUAAUAGUGCUUCCUUUUUUAGCAAAAAAAGAAAGAAUUAAACUCUUUUAAAUUAUCUUUUGUUUAUUGUUUUUUUUUUUACAAGCAAAAAGAGAAGAGAAAACACACAUCUUUAAGAAUCAUUGACCAUUUCAAAGUGCAGAGGGAUAGCCAGCGGGUCAGACAGAAAAUCGAUUUUGCCCCUAUCUUAUGUUUUUCAAGCCAUUCUUCCUGUCUGAUUAUGUUCCAACCAGUACUUACUGUAAGGAAGUAAAACAUAUAAGAGAUUCUGUUUGUCUUUGGUGCGUCAAAGCAAAAAUGUGUCCAGUUUUUUUUUUUUUUUUUUUUUGAAGAAGUCCUGGAAAGAAGCUGAUGUAAAAUGUUUUUAUUAUUAUUAUGUACGGGUAGUGGACAAAAAAAUGGAAACACCUGGGUAAAUGAAGGACACCAAGUAUAUUGAAAGCAAGGGCUUCCACACAGGUGUGGCUCAUGUAUUAAUUAAGCAAAUAACAUUCCAGCAUGCUUAGUGUCAUGUAUAAAAAUGCUGGACAGGCCUGGUUGCCUAUAAUUAUGGCUAGCAUGGCUGCAAGAGGAGACCUCAGUGACUUUGAAAGAGUGGUGAUUGUUGGGACGCGUUUGGCAGGAGCUUCAGUGACCAAGACAGCGCAACUUGCUGAUGUUUCAAGAGCAACGGUGUCUAAGGUGAUGUCGGCAUGAAACUCGGAGGGAAAGACAUCAUCAGCAAGGCAAAACAGACGAGCAACUGCAGAUCAAUUGACUGCAAAUUUCAACCUGGGGCACGAGCAGCCAGUUUCAUCAAAAACGGCCUGCCGAGAGCUCCACAGAGCAGGAUAUCGUAGUGGUCCAACGCCCUAUUAACUGACUUUACAUUGGUGUUUCCAUUUUUUUGUCCACUACUUGUAUAUAUUUUUUGUAGACAAUCUAAAUAAAAUCCUCUUUAAUUUC